CUUGACUUAACUUAAACACUUGUGUUGAUGAAUCACUUAAAUAAAAUUUGGACAAAAAACGGAAAUAAGAAUCUUUAUUAUUACUUAUAAUUGACAGUGUAUCUCCAAAAUGGGAUGCCAGGCGUGUUUGACCCGGGUGCCUUAUGCAACCCUUAUAGCAACCAUUAUGUGCUGCAUGGGCGUGGGAGUGUUUUGUGGCACUAUGUACAAAGGGUCGCAGUUAUCAAUACAGAUGUUCGAUCAAGUAUUUCACUUUCGACUGAUAUGGAUGGAAGCAUUGAAGAUGAUAUUCGUCGUCGGCAGCGCGUGCAUGGCAGCCCUGGGGCUAAUGCUGCUGUGCCUCGGCUGCUUGACGACGGGGGCGACGCGGCAGAAGGUGUACCGGGCGUGGCGCGCGCGCGUCAGCGGCCGCGUCUCCUGCGCGGUGUUCAUGGUCAUCACCUACAUACUAACCUUCACCUGGAUCGUUCUGCUGGGAUUCCUAGUCAUAACGACAUUCUUAUUCACCAUCUUCUGGAAGCUCUGUUCCAAACCUGAGAACAUCAAGAAUGAUACGUGCAUUGACUUCACGCAGUUUGAUUUCAUGUUCCCUUCCAAUGUGAAACAACCAGACAUGAAAAUCUGUGAUUCACAAAUGAUGAAAUUUUUUUGCAAAGAUUAUGUGGAGAAGGCAGAAUUUAUGUUUAUUUUGGCUAUGGUCUCCUGUGUUCUUGUAAUACUAAGUUUAGUACACUACCUUAUGUGCCUGUCUGCUAAUUAUGCACACAUUAGAGAUCAUGAGAAGUUCCAAGAACUACAAGAGCUGCAGUACUUGACAAACCCCGAUCUGCAUGCAUCUAAAGAUCGUUUCUAGUACACAGCCCGCGCACCCCUUCUGCGCUCCCUGGAGGCUACUACUAAAAUGUGACAUUAAUAGAAAGAAAGAUUUAAACUCCACAGUUUUGUGUUCACCUAUACAUUUAUGUAAUUGAGAAAGACUGACCAGCAGUGAAUUAGCCCUAAAA